AAUCUUCUAAUACAAUGGCCACGGUUAUCAUAUGGCUUAUCUAUAGUCGUGCUUCGUUACCGCACUUUUAUAGUUAUCAACAAUAAAUAAUAAAAUAUUAACUCUAUAAUAUUUUCUAUUCAAAAUCAUGACUAAAUAGAUUUUAUGUUGUGUCUUAAAUUGUGGUAGCUUAUGAAUUUAAAUACUUUAAAUUACUAAUCUUUGUUCCGAUUUGUUAUUUAAGAUGAAUUCCGUCGUUGAAUUAUUUAAUGAUGAAAAUAAAAAGUUUGUUAAAGUAUGUGCACCUAUGGUCCGUUAUAGCAAACUUCAAUUCCGAAAAUUAAUUCGUUUAUAUGAUUGUGAUUUAUGUUUUACACCUAUGAUAAUGGCCGACUCUUAUGUUAGAUCAGCUCAAGCUAGAGCACAUGAAUUUCAAAGUGACACAGAUGAUCGACCACUUAUUGUUCAAUUUGGUGCCAAUAAUUCAUCUGAUUUUAUAAACGCUUCUAAUUUGAUUAUUCCAUAUUGUGAUGGAAUUGAUCUGAAUUGUGGCUGUCCACAAAGAUGGGCUUUAAAUGAUGGAUAUGGUGCACAAUUACUGAAAAAUCCUGAAAUUAUCAAAGACUGUGUACGCCAAUUUCGCAACCGCUUUCCUAGCAAUAAAACAAUAUCAGUUAAACUAAGAUUACUUGUUGAUAAUAGAAAAAGUGUAGAUCUUUGUCAACAAAUUGAAGCUACUGGAAUAUCUUUUAUUACGGUUCAUGGACGAACUGCUAUUCAAAAAAAUCAACCUAUUGAUCAAGAAUGCAUAAAACUUAUUAAUGAAUCUGUUGGUGUUCCUGUGAUAUUGAAUGGUGAUGUUAAGAAUUUAUCAGAUGCAAUUAGUAUGCAUGAAUAUACUGGAUGUAAAGGAAUAAUGAGUGCUAGAGGUAUACUACACAACCCUGGCUUAUUUGCUGGCCAUAAAAUUACACCAAUUUCAGCUGUUAUAAAUUGGUUGAAUAUUUAUCAUACUAAUUUCUUAUGGUUUCAUCAUCAUUUAGUAUUUAUGUGUGACCGUUUACUUUCAAAAAAUGCAAAAAAUACUUUCAAUCAAUUGCGUACCGCAUCAGAUGUAAUUUCUUUUUUGGAAAGUCAAUUUCAUAUACCAAAUGUUUUAUCUAGCAAUAGGAAAUUGGGAAAAGAACUCAGUGGAAUUAGUGGUACUUAUUAUCAAAAUGUUGUUAAACAAAAAAACGUGUCAUCUCAAUCAGAAGAUUUUAUGGAAAGCUCAUUUAAUUUAUUUGAAUAA